AUGAAGCCAACAGGUACAGACCCGAGAAUCUUAUCUCUGGCUGCUGAAGUUGCAAAAAGUCCUGAGCAGAAUGUACCUGUUAUACUGUUGAAGUUAAAAGAAAUAAUAAACAACACACCUUUAGGAAGCUCAGAGUUGAAGAAAAUCAAACAAGAUAUAUAUUGUUAUGAUCUCAUUCAGUAUUGCCUCUUGGUCCUCAGUCAAGAUUGUUCUCGUAUCCAGGGUGGUUGGACUACAGUUUCCCAGCUAACACAGAUAUUAAGUCAUUGCUGUGUUGGCUUGGAACCAGGAGAAGAUGCAGAAGAAUUUUACAAUGAAUUACUUCCAUCGGCUGCAGAAAAUUUUCUGGUUUUGGGGAGGCGAUUACAAACAUGUUUCAUCAAUGCAGCUAAGGGUGAAGAAAAAGAUGCAUUACUACACUUUUUUGAAGUUGUGACUGAUUCUCUCUUCUGGCUAUUGGGAGGCCAUGUUCAACUCAUCCAAAAUGUACUGCAAAGUGAUCAUUUCUUGCACUUGCUGCAAACUGAUAAUGUUCAAAUAGGAUCUAUGGUCCUGACUAUGCUACAGAACAUACUGCAGAUCAAUAGUGGUGAUUUACUCAGAAUAGAAGGGAAAAUCCUGCAUUCAAUUUUAGAUGAAGUUGUUUUCAAACUUUUAUCAACUCCUAGUCCAGUCAUAAGAGGUACUGCUACAAAGCUACUACUGUUGAUGGCUGAAUCCCAUCAGGAAAUUUUGAUUUUACUGAGACUAAGUGCCUGCUACAAAGGACUUAGAAGUCUACUAAAUAAACAAGAACCUGGGACAGAGUUUAGUCAAGAACUUAGACAGCUCAUUGGUCUUUUAAGCCCUAAGGCCUAUCAGGAAGUAAAAGACCAGAAACGACAUAAAGCAGCUUGCUUGAUUCAAGCUUAUUGGAAGGGUUUCCAGACUAGAAAGAGAUUGAAGAAGCUUCCAUCUGCUGUGAUUACUUUGCAGAGGAGUUUCAGAUCUAAACGAACAAAGAUGUUAAUGAAGCUAAGUAGACAGAAGGAAGAAGAGGACCACAGAUUACAGCUGCAAAUUCAAAGGCAGAGAGCCAUGAGACUUUCCCGAGAAAUACGGCUGAGUAUGCUUGAAAUAGUUCAUCCAGGUCAGGUGGAAAAACAUAACCGGGAAAUAGAAGAGAAAUCAGCACUGAUUAUCCAGAAACAUUGGAAAGGGUACAGGGAAAGGAAAAAUUUUCGUCAACAGAGGCCAUCUCUUACGGAAUAUAAAGCGGCUGUCAUACUUCAGAGAGCAACUCUUAAAUUCCUAGCAAAAUGCCGUAAGAAAAAGAAACUAUUUGCGCCUUGGCCUGGACUCAGAGAACUCACUGAUGCACGCAGAAUUGAACUGAAACAACAAGUGGAUGACUAUAUCAGAAGACAUCCAGGUUCUCAGAUAUCAGAUGUGACCAGCAGGGAGCUCCAUUCCCAAGCACAAGAACGACUGCAACACUACUUCAUGGGCAGGGCUCUAGAAGAGAGAGCUCAACAGCACAGGGAGGCACUGAUGGCUCAGAUCAACACCAACAUUGAACAGUUGAUGAAAGCACCAAGUCUGAAGGAGGCAGAAGGAAAAGAUCCUGAGCUCUUCCUAAGUAGAUCCAGGCCUGUGGCAGCCAAAGCCAAGCAGGCCCAUCUUACCACCCUGAAACAUAUACAAGCACCCUGGUGGACGAAGCUUGGGGAAGAAGCAGGAGAUGAUAUUGAUGUCCCAAAGGAUGAACUUAGUGUAGAAUUAGGAACUUUAUUCAUCGGUGGAACCAAACCACCUUAA